CAUGUGGCGCGAUGUGGGAAACUGAGGGUAAAUAGUUUGGCAGCCGGGGAGCUUAAGCUCAUUGUAUCACCAAGUAAUUUUUUUAAAGACAAAUAUGAUGUUUUCUACAGAGACAAGUUGUUGGUUCAUCCGCAAGGUAAUUUGCUGGAGAGCUACAGCCAGCAUCGCUUGGUCUGUCCUCCUGUUACCACCCACCACUGCAGUUUUUGUGAUACUCAGCAGGUUCAGUCUUUUUCAUCCUUUCCAGACAAUAUCAGAAUGUUUGUCUCUGCUGAUGAGCGCCAGUUCAGUUUUCUCCCUCAUACUGCUUGGUGGAGUGAUCAUCAUGGCUGGAUUCCUGACCCUGGAGUAUUACACAGUAAUCCCAACUAUUGCCUGCUCAAAAAUCGCAUUGCUGGGUCAGCUGCUCCACCCUCGGCAGUUUAUCAACUCCCUAGCCCACUGCCUCAUGGGUAUAAUUGUAGGCUGGUGUUGUGCCAUCACCAUAGGUUGCAGAUAUGAGAUGCUUGGCUACCCAUGCAAAAAUAGUGACGGUUAUCCUCAAAUGUGUGUGAAUGAGUAUCAUCUCAUCAUUUUGCUGGCGGGGGCCUUUGUUGGAUUUUCUCACAGUCUGCUUGGAGUGAUUCACAACAUAAAUUACAUCUCCUUUCAAACUGUUCAGCAAUACAAAUACUUUCGCUUCAAAGGAUCCCUGCCAUUGGUGGUGAUGUGCAGCGCCACUCAAGCAUUUUACUCUAUCAAGAACUACGUUGUUUUAUAUUUCUUUCUAGGAUACAUUCCAAGAGCAUGGAUCUGCAAAACUCUGAAUCUACAUUUGGACAGCUCCAUCCACCCCCUCGACAGCAUUGCCGGACUGCUGGACCUUUCCCUGCUCUACCACCUCUGGAUCAGUGCCACCUUCCUCCUCUUCACGUGGUACAUCACACUGCUGCUCUUCAGGAUUUUUGUCACUGAGGUGUACACUUUUCCUGUGCAGUCGUCCUUUACAGAAGAUUCCCACCAGUGUCUUCCCAAAGUUAUUACUGAGAAGCAGCCAAUGAUCUUAAAGUUUCUAGCUCUGCAGGACUUGGCACUAUUGUCUCAGCACUCUCCAUCACGACGCAGCGAAGUCUUCAGUCUCAGUCAGCCAGGUGGGCAUCCUCAUAAUUGGAAUGCCAUAAGUAAAGAGUGUCUGGCUCUUCUGGCUGAUCUGACUCAGAGACUUGUGGCCUAUCAUGAAACUGUAGCAACCAAUGGCAGAGCGAAAACACUGUCCAAUGGGAGUGAAAGGAAAAUCUCAUCUGAAACAUCAAGUACAGAAGACAUGAUGAGUCCAAGGCCCACUUUUCUAAUGAAAACUCCGACUUCAGUCUUUGCCCGUUCCGUUGGAAGAAGCUCUCAGAGCCCGCUGACAAUACCGUUCACUCCUGACCUGGACAGCCCUUUUGCUUCUCCCGCCCUGCGACGUCUCGCUGCGGCACCGGAACAGGGCUCACCAUGGCACGGGUCAGUGCAGAGCCCACAUGUCAUGAGAAAAGCACCAAAACUCUGGUCCACUUCCACAGCAGAUUCCCUUUUCAAUGGCAGCCCCGAACCUACCCCAGCAUCGGUUCCCAGUCCCAAGAAGGAAGCCACCAAACCAAGUUUUCUGGUUCAGUUUCUUCAGAACAGAAAAGAACAGGUUAAAAGUUUCUUGGCAAAGCGAGUGCUGAUAAUGUAUUUGUUUACCAAGCUCCCAGAAGCCUCCAGUCAGGCUCUUUUUGCUGACAGUCAGGCUCACAUCUGGGCAUUGGAAGGGCUGUCUUAUCUUGUUCAAGCCUCCUUCACAGAAGAUCAGUUUGGGGUGGUUCAAACUACAUUACCCAGCAUUCUUAGCUCUAUGCUACUCUUACAAGAGGCUGUGGACCGACACUUCAAGCUGCCUCACGCCUCCAGUAAGCCCGUCAGGUCGACCAGCACCAUGGGAGACUCCACCUACAAAACACUGCGCUUUGCUCUCAGGGCCACACUCAAGACUGCCCUUUACAGGAUAACAACCACGUUUGGAGACCACUUAAAGGCUGUGGAGAUGUCUGCAGAGCACCGGAAAAGAUUGCAGCAGUUUUUGGAGUACAAGGAGUGAGACUGUUCAGCCUGGCUACAACUCCUUUAGUUUCUUACAGUCUGUGUUUGAACACAUGAACUAAAAACGAAACAAGUGAAAACUUCUGGUCUCGUUUUAAAUACCAGUACUUGUCUGCAUUAUGGUGAAUUGUUUGACAGGAUGGAUCUAUUACAUGCACAUGUCACAAACAGGAAGUGCAGCUUGCAGAUUCAGACUACAACAGCCUUGUGUUUUGAAGAUGAAUUAGCUCACUGUUCAAGCAGCUCUUUCAAAAAAGUAUUUUUUUUUGUAUUAUAAGUGAAGACUUUUUAAAAUUGUAAUAUGCAAAGGGCUGCUUGUGCCACUUUUUUUGUUUCAUCUUUCAGCAGUUUUAUUUUGUACAUGAACAAAUGGGUUGUGUUGGCAUCUGUUUUUAUUUUGAUGUCUACACUUUCAAAGGUGUUUAAAAUCUGUUCUGAAGAUGUUUUCAUAGAUCUAGUCUUUGUUCAGGUCAUCUGUCUAACUGUGAAUUCAGUUCAGUCAGACUUGUGUUUGAACAAGUUGGGAAUGUUUGGCCUUCUGUUCAAGACUAGGCUGUCGUGUGAUUUUGGCACAGAUUUGAUGCAACUGGUUGUGAUUUGAAGAGGUUUUUGUCGCUGCUGGUAGGAGUUUAAGUUUCUACUCAAACUUGCUGAAUAAAAAUAUUUUCAAUAAAUUCUCAUCUGUA